AUGGAUCAACAGCAUCUUGCGCACUGGGAGGACACCCUCAUGGGUCGGGAAUUCUGGGAAGACGCUGCAACUCACGAGCAGCGCCCUGCCCUGGAAUUACAGCAAAAUCAAGAGCAAGGCUUGCAUACGCAAUUCCCGUUCAAUCAAGCCAUUGAGAAAGACACAGUCAUCUCCACUGAAACGGUCCCUGAGGAAGACGAACCAACCCCACCAGCCAAACACCGCCGCGGCGUGAGCAUCCCAGAUCUCCCCAAGUUGCGCGUGCGAACAACUCUUCGUCGCACUUCGACCGUCACCGCGACAACAAGCAGGUCUGAGCUGGUUCAGCGUCGCGUUCAAUCUCCAGCUUCGCCCAAGACAUCUAGCACAUGGAGCCCGCUGUCCUCCCGAUUCCCUUUACUCGGAGCGCCGAAGACGCCUAAACAAUUCAGCCUUCCGGAAAGCGAAAUCCCAUUAUUGUCACCUAACAAGCUUGUGCCUUCUUCGUCUCCUUCUCCAAGCCCUCGCGGCGUUCGGACCCCGGGAGAAGAACAGCUCGAGGGCUUUGAACAACCUUAUUUCAAGAAAUUCGCGGAUGAUCGUUCAUGGGAAGGCAUCCCACGCAAUGUCAAACGGCUGCACUUGGACCUGUUCAUCCCGUUUACACCGUCCGCCGAGGAUGAUUUCCUUGCGAUUGAGGAAAUGAAGCCUUUGCUUGGAUUUCGGCAGUUGCGUUCCCUGCACAUCAGCUUCAUAACGAAUUCUCUCCAGCCGUACAUCUGGCAGGCUGUGUGGGCAAAUGUGCAUCUUGAGGAGCUGGAGCUUGAGAUGGCCAUUGGGCCGCGCUUGGACAGUCCAUGCAAGGAGCUAUGGAAGCCAAUUGAUGGAAGCUGGAAGAUGGACAAUCGUGUUGGGGGCAAGCCUGUUUACUACGGCAACGGAGGAUCGGGCGAGAUACACCCCGACCACGGAGAGGGGGAAUACCUCGAUAAGCUCGCCAUCGAAAAGGCUAAGAUCCGCGCCGUCGUGGCAGGAGGACUCACUAACCCUCGCCUGCCCAUCAAGAAGCUAACUCUGAAUGGAUUCAUCGUCGACGCAGACCCGUUCCUCAACUGGUUUGACCCGCAGAUGCUUCGCAGCAUCCAUUUCAAAGCCAACUGUAUCGAUUCAGGCUUCUGGCUCCCGAAGUCAAUGAGCCAUGUUUCGAUCCGGGUAGCCAAGGAGAUGGACUACAAGCCUGUGGCGGCGGGUGUUAUUCGAGUGGACAUCGGAAGAGACGUGAAGCUGGUCGAUGUAAAACCAGCGGCGGCUAAGUAA